AUGCGUUUUUAUUUUCAUUUAAUACGACGAUCAUAUUUAAUGUUGACCACAAUGAAAAAUAUUGAUUUUCAACCAACGACCACUUAUGCAUUUACAUUUUGUUCAAUUUUAUAUUAUUUAAAUCAAAAUUCUUCAUGUUGUUUAGAAGAAAUUCAAAUUGGACCAUUAUUAAAUGUUGAAAAUCUUAUCGAUUUAAUCGGCUGUAAAGGAAUAUUACAAAAAGCAUCGGAUGAUGAACUAAAAGCUCAACAAUUAGUUAAUGUUGAUUCAAAACAAAUUGAUUUGACCUAUGAUUUGGCCCAUUUGGCUGCAUUCGAUCCGAAUUUAUAUCCAGAUUUAAAAACACUCAAAUCAGAAAAACUUUUGCCAAAACAAAUUGUUUAUAAUCUACCACGUGCUAAACCAAUUCCCAAACCAAAACCACCAACAAAAUGGGAACAAUUUGCUCGUUCAAAAGGUAUAACGAAAAAGAAAAAAGAACGUAUGGUUUGGGAUACGGUUAAUAAUGAAUGGAUGAUCGAAGUACCGGAUCAAGCUGAUCCAAAUGUUGAUUAUUUUGCUAAAAAAUCCGAAGAACGAAAUGAACGUGUUGCUAAAAAUGAAUUACAACGUUUACGGAAUAUUUCACGGAAUUUAAAAUUACGUUUACCCGGAACAUCAGGUAUUCUACCGAAUUUGGAUACAAACCAAACAAAAACUGAACAAUUGAUUCAGUCCAAAUGA